AUGGCCCACCCCCGUCCAGGACUGAAGGCGCUGCCGCCGCGUUACGAGCGCUCCGCUCUCUGCUCGCUGAUAGCCGCCCCCGCCGCUGCCGCCGCGAAAGAUCAAAGUUUAGUGGCAGCAGCGGCCGUUACAGCUGCCAGCCACCCCCCAGCCUGCAUAAAGCCGGGGACGGAACGCGACGGGGUGGGGACCGCCUUAAGAGGGCCCAACUCAAACAGCAUCCACCGAGAGCCAGGAUACGUCCAGGACCUGUCCUCUCUGCACUUCACGGCGUACCUGCCGCCCAAGGCGGACCGGACGGAGCUGGUGGAAUGCGCCGCCCCCGGCUCUCUAGCCAUGUGCUUCACGAGCACGGGGGCUGCCUUAUCUCUGCCGCCCAAGAAGAAGGACAUCUAUCGGCCUUAUUCGCUGGACGACAGGCCGAGCCGAACCCCGGCCGAGGAGGAUCUCAGCGCGGCGCACGCGAUUCUCGACCUCAGCGCGUCGACCGCCAUCGCGUCUGUGGCGGAGGUUGCGACGCCCCACGCACCGCCGCCACCUCCUCCUCCUCUUCCUCCGGCGACCAAGACGGUGGCCUACACGUACGAGGCGUUCUUCGUGAGCGACGGCCGGUCCAAGCGCAAGGCGGGGCUGUCGGCGCCACCGCAGACCGCAGACCCGUCGUCGCGGCAGCGCUACACGUGCAGCGAGUGCGGCAAGCAGUACGCCACGUCGUCCAACCUGUCGCGGCACAAGCAGACGCACCGCUCGCUCGACUCGCAGGCGGCGCGCAAGUGCGUGACGUGCGGCAAGGCGUACGUGAGCAUGCCGGCGCUCGCCAUGCACCUGCUCACGCACAAGCUGUCGCACGCGUGCGGCGUCUGCGGGAAGCUCUUCUCGCGGCCGUGGCUGCUGCAGGGCCACCUGCGCUCGCACACCGGGGAGAAGCCCUUCGGCUGCGCGCACUGCGGCAAGGCGUUCGCCGACCGCUCCAACCUGCGCGCCCACAUGCAGACGCACUCGCAGGACAAGAACUUCGCCUGCUCGCGCUGCCACAAGUCGUUCGCGCUCAAAUCCUACCUCAACAAGCACCUCGAGUCGGCGUGUCUGCGAGACUCUCCCGGCGGAGGCGGCGGGGGCGGCGGCGUAGGCAAAUCUGACGGCUGCAGGAGGGAUGAGCCGGCGGGCUGGCGGCUGACGCGGGCCCAGGCCGGACGCGCAGGGGCGCCGCGUUGCGGGGGUGGGGGUGGGGGUGGGAGUGCGUCACCGUCCCCAGGGGCGCGGGUUCGGGCCUCCCUCCCGCGGGACCGCUGCUGCCGCCGCGGCGGCCUGACAGCUCACGUCGCUAGCGUCCUGUCGACCACCUCACUAGGAGUGUAUGUCUACGAGCCUGACACCAAUGCUUGA